AUGCGGCCCCUUUGGUUUACAUCGUUGUCCUGCGUUUGCGCUCUUUUGGCUGUCGCCAAUGCUGGACCUCCUCCACACAAGAGUAAGGAUAAGAAUCUGGCCAAGAAGGUAACUUGCGGAGGUAAUACGUAUAAUUACCAUGGGUUAGAGGGAUAUGGAUUUGUGCCGUCGAAUGCCGUUGACAAAUACGGUGAUACCAUGGGCGGAAUUGGUGGCGCCCUGGCUAUCGAGCAAUCUUCAUGGCACAGGAAGGAAGAUGGCACGUAUGAAGGGAUCGCAUGGGCGUUACCGGAUCGUGGAUGGAAUACCAAUGGGACCCUAAAUGUCCAGGCACGUAUCCAGAAGCUGUCUCUCUCCUUCAAGCCUUCCCGGGCAACAUACUCUGGCGACGGGUUCGGCAGCGAAGAAGGAACAAGCGGACGCCGCAUCACUAUGGAUACUGAGGGUCUCGCCUUGGGCGUGGGAGGAAGCUUCUGGGUAUCUGACGAAUACGGGCCAUACAUCUACCAGUUCACGCGUGACGGUAAAAUGAUCCAAGCAAUCCAACCACCCGAAGCAUAUCUCCCACGUCGAAAUGGGAGUCUCAGCUUCAGUGCCGCAUCCCCACCCAUCUACGACCCAGAGAAGUUGCCCGUACCUGAAGACACGGAAUCAGGGCGGAACAACAACCAGGGCUUCGAAGCGUUGACACUCUCGCCAGACGGCAUGGAGUUGUUUGUCAUGAUCCAAUCAGGUCUGAACCAGGAGGGCGGGCCGAAGAAGAAGAAUCGGAAACAGGCACGGCUAUUACAGUAUGAUAUUUCAGGCUGCAAACCGCGGUAUAUACAUGAGUACGUCGUCACGCUUCCAACGUACCCCGAUAGGUCGGAAGAAGACCAGGAGAAGUCUCGUAUUGUUGCUUCACAGUCGGAAAUUCACAUGCUGCCCGGUGGAGACUUCUUGAUCCUAUCGCGAGACUCGGGUUCCGGGCAUGGCCAGAAGGAGUCACGCUCUGUCUACCGCCAGGCAGACAUUUUCGCAAUCACUAACCGCACGACGGACAUCAAAUCUGAGAAAUACGAUGCCGCUACCGGCUCGAUUGCUUCGGACAAGGGAGAGUUGAAAGACGGGAUCGAACCAGCCGAGUAUUGCGAAUUUAUCGAUUACAACCUCGAGUCAGAGUUGGGCAAGUUCGGUCUGCACAACGGCGGCGAACAAGACAAGAUGCUGCUGAAUGAGAAGUGGGAGAGCCUGGCUCUAGUUCCGGUUGAUGAGCGGGAUUGUGAUAAGAAGGGCUGUAGUCAUGGCGAAGGAGGAUUGCAGGAAUACUUUUUGAUUAGUUUCAGUGACAAUGACUAUAUCACUCAAGACGGCCAUUUGAAUUUUGGAAAAUUCAAGUAUGCGGAUACUUCCGGUUUCAAUCUUGAUACGCAGGCUUUGGUGUUUAGAAUCUCGUUUUGA